ACUCGCCUCCCCUUGAUGCAGCGCGCCAGGAUUACGCACAACUCAGCGCGCCUCAGGCGACGGUCGCAGUACCGGGGACCGCGGGAGAGCGGGCCGCAGCCGCUGGCGGGCCCCGGGAGCAGGCCGUGGGCCAUGUCCGACAGCGGCGGCGCCGGCGGGGCCGCCCCGGGCGGGGGAGGCGGCGGAGCGGGCGGCGGAGGGGGAGCGGGAGGCGCGGCCUCAGGCUCAGGGCCCGGAGCCACCGAUCCGGCCUCCCUGCCGCCCGGCGACGCGCAGCUCAUCGCCAUCAUCGUGGAGCAGCUCAAGAGCCGCGGCCUGUUCGACGGCUUCCGCAGGGACUGCCUGGCCGACGUGGACACAAAGCCAGCCUAUCAAAAUUUGAGGCAGAAAGUAGACAACUUUGUAUCGACCCACCUGGACAAGCAGGAAUGGAAUCCAGCAAUGAACAAAAACCAGUUACGAAAUGGGCUAAGGCAGAGUGUGAUUCAGUCAGGAAUGCUGGAAGCUGGAGUGGACAGAAUUAUUUCUCAGGUGGUGGAUCCAAAACUAAACCACAUCUUCAGGCCCCAGAUAGAGAGGGCAAUUCAUGAAUUUUUGGCUGCACAAAAGAAAGAGGAAAGUGUGCCAGCUCCUCCUCCAGAGCCUGAGAACAAGGAUCCUCCUGCUCCAUCUCAGGAUGCCUCCUAAAGUGAGUUCCUGUUACUAAGCAGCUGCCGUUGCAAAGUGCGUGUCCUGUUAGAUUGGCAAUGGAUGACUUGUUCCAUUUGGUGCAGGAAUGCUGUCUGCCAAAGAUGAAUAACCUUUAUCAGACCUGUGGGAAGGCACUGAAAUCAGUGAAAUUCAGAUGCACUUGGAGUUAUGCAUGUGGAGGCACAGAAAAUUGUGAAGAUACUUUUGUUAUUAACUACAGUACAGAGGGCAGCAUGUAUCUUGUAAUCAUGCCUUCAGGCAAGGGUGUGGGAAGAAAAAGGGAGUUCGCUUGUGUCUGAAGAGGGUUGGGAAGUGGUUUGAGAUGAUACUAGACUUGGGAUCGGGAAGAAAGAUGUUUUGGAGUGGGGUAGUCUCUUGGACACCAAGUAAGAGCUGUCAGAUUUGCUUUGAUAUAAACCAGGUAAGAGGAAGCAUCAUACACCUCUGCUGCAUAGCACAGCAUUGAGUAGUAGGUGCCAAGUUAGGUGUAACUCAUUGCACUGCCUGCUUUAGGAAAGUCAUUUCCUGUUUGAAACUGGAAAGAACACUUCAGGAUCAAUAAUGUAAAUAAUUUCUGUUGCAUUGCAGGGAAAUGUUUACAGUUGGCUAUGACUAUAGCUGAUUUAAUUCUUAUUUCCCAGGUAACUGGGGGGGGAGCAAAGGGCACCAGGGUAGGUGAUCAAUUUGAAACUUCUCUCUUUCAACUUGAAAGACUUUUCUUUCCUGUGAAAUUUCUCAGGUGCCUAGUGGAAACUGUCCUAUGCUUUCAGCUUGAAUGCAUGCAGUGUCCUCUGGAUGACAGUCAAAUAGAGAAUGUGAUCAAGUAUUCUGCCAGCAAAUGUCCAUACCUUUUGCAAUAAAAGACUUCAAAACCCAUCUCUGA